AUGGAGGCGCAUUCAAACCACGUUGACGUGAGUCCACGAGAAUCAGGAGACUCGGAAAACGGCAAGGCGGCGAUCUUGACGGCAAUACAAGCGCGAGCGGGUGCCUAUGACGCGUUAAUGCACAGCGCGACGCACUCUGGAUCUGAGCCCCGAAGUACGCGACGUGCAUACUUGGACGUUGAACUUUCGACAAUUGACGCAGCUCUCGCUGAGCUCCGACGGCGGCGCAAUCUGCUAUCGCCUGCCUCGGGUUGUCCUCCCGAAGUCCUAUCGAAUAUCUUCCGCCACUGUAUGGAGCUCGAGCCCAACCACUACCCGGAUCCGAAGGACUAUGUAGGCUCUAUAACUGGUGAACUUUGCCCUCGUCUGGGUUGGAUGAAAGUCGUCCAGGUUUGCAGCUCUUGGAGACGGGCGGCGCACGCCGACGGGAGAUUAUGGACGACAGUCACGACCAGUCUUGGCGCGCGAUGGACCGCUGAAAUGAUGAGACUGAGCAAGGGCUUGCCUGUCUAUUGGGACUUGCACCUUCCCACUACCCUCUCAAUGGACCAAAUCUCGCCGCUCUCCCUGCUACGCGACAGCGCGUCCCGAAUGUACGGUUUACGCAUCCUAUAUGAUGGAUCCGAUCCAACUUAUAGGGCCCGGCAGCAGCAGCAGAGUCUUCACCAUCUGCCGACUCCUGCACUUGAGUCCCUGAUAAUCUACCUUCGUGACUCCCCAUUCUUGCCGUUCAAUGGCAUGUUCCGCGACAAGGCUCCCAAACUUCAGACACUCUAUGUACAUAACGCCGAACUGCCUCGGCAACUCAUGGGACGACAACUCACCGAGCUCACUCUCCUUAUGGACGACAAAUAUCGAAUUUUCUUCGAGGCGCGAGAGUUCGUGCGACUGCUUCGUGAGCUUCCGAACCUGGCGUCCCUCUGUAUCAAGAACCACACGUUCGGCGUGAACGAUAGGGACGAGGAAGCAAAUUCUCAGGAUGAAAUGGUCGCGCAGUGUCCGAAUCUGACAAGUGUCACUCUUCAUCUCGAGAAUAUCGCCGGUUCGCUCUUCAUCUUCAACCAUCUUGCGACUAAUACGAGCGCACAAGUGAGCCUAGCCGGUCACUACCAUCCGGACCAUCCGGACCCGGCCGCCCCCGCUCAACAAGAUGCCGCCAUUGCGCGCUUUGCCGAGCGCAUGGCAACGAAUCCCAUCUGUGCGGACAUGCGCACAGUGGAAUGGCGCAGUUAUGGCGUCGCGCACACGCCUAUCCGUGAAGAGGCCGACAGAGUGGACAGGGUCUACGAGCGAACUCUCACUCUAUCCGCCUGGCGAGCCAAUCGACACGGCUACCUCCUGGCGGAUUACGCCGGGUAUAAAUCGCCUCCACCUCCCGAUCUCAAGAUCACCCUGGGCUUCAGGGCCUAUCAACCUGAGCUCGAUCCAGAAGAUAUCCUUCCCUGGCCACAACCGUUCCCCUCUGCGUUGAACGUGUCUUUACAGACAACGGGACGCCGUCGUUUCACCGUCGGAUCUUGGUCAGACGUGCUCUCAAGCUUCCCUCAACUAAAAUGGCUACGAGUCGACAGAGAACUCGCCGAAUACUUCCUCAAGAACCUGAAUGAAGAGUUCGGCCCCAGCUUCCCACGAUCCAUCAAGACGCUCGCGCUGCUCGGCGUCUUCUGGGGAACGGACGAAGAUGACAAGCUUGAAGAGUUGUCAACGGACCAAAUGUUGGCCAAUGUAUGGACCGAGGCGCAGGAAUCGGACGGCGCGCUUGAGAAUGUCAUCGUGGGGGACGUACUCAGUUGCAGUGGCGAUUGGCAAGCGUGCAUUGACGAAGCGGGGGUGGCGUUUGAGUUCGUCAAACGCCCGGAGUGGAUGGAUGAGAGUCAUGAAGAUUGGGACGAUCGUACAGAUUGGUGA